UGCGAGCGGCAACUUGGCGGGAGCCUCGCGCCCACAACACUCCGCAUCUGUGACAUGAAGCAGCAGCGGACGGCGAGCACGAGCAGCUGAGAGCCGGGAUCCUUCCUCCGCGAGCCGAACAGGAUGACUGAGGUGAUGAACUCUCUGGAGCCGGGGACGGAGGACUUCAGCGGGGGAGGAACAGGAGGGGAUGAGGGUGCAAUUUUCCCCGAGUCCCAUGAAAGGUAUCCGAAGCUGUCUAAGAGACUUCCCUCCAUCGUCGUGGAGCCGAUGGAUGCAGCCGAGGUGGAGAGCGGGGAGCUGCGCUGGCCGCCGGAGGAGCCGGGCAGCUCUGACGCUCAGGCUGAGAGGCAGGCGGCUCAGGAACAGGCUGCAGGUGAGGAGGAGUCAGAGCUCGGGGCCGAAGGCGGCAGCGAGGAGGCGUCCGAGUCGGCGGAGGUGCAGGACUCCAACUGAAAACACACAACUCCUGCAAAAGUCCGCUGUAACUGUGAGUGUGUCCAGACUUGGAUUCAGAGGAAAAGUACCUGGAUGGAUAGACAGAUAGAUGAGACAGAGGAAGAGGGGAAGAGGGGAGAAGGGGUGGUGGUGGUAGAAAAACAAGAUUCCCAAACCCCAGCUCAAGCGCUUGGAGCCAGAGUGGUGUAUGUACGUUUUUUGUAUACAUAUUGUGCCCUGGCCAAGGAGAGUCCUCCACUACAGGCUAAUAAAGAUGACUGAAGGGAUCAAAUCGCCAUGCUAAAGCUAUUUUCUCCCAUUAACAAUUCCCUUUUGACGAAAUUCACAUGCACAUCCGAUACAAGUGCAUGUUUGAAUAGCUAGCUGCUUGGAAAUGAACAAAAAUCCGGUCAGUUUUCCAUCGUGCGGUAAUCACAGCAGAACUAGAAUAUUUACUCCUCUCUUAAGAGCUCCUUUUAUAAAAAAUACUUCUCGUCUUUUCACCUUAUCCAGUGAUUUUUAACGUGUGGUACUAAAUCGGGAGCUUUAAUUGGAUACGUGAAGCUCAUUUUCCCUCUCUGGCUCCAAGCCCUGGUGGUCCAGACGCCCGCAACAUCGUCCGAACAUCAGAUCUGGGCAGAUGUUCCUAAAUGCUGUCUUAAGUCUUUAGCUCAUGUGUGCCAUACUACUAAUGGUAGCUACUGUAUUUUGUGCACAGUUUUUACAUUAACCCUUAGAUGUAAAUUACAUCACUCUAUGGAAAAGUGCUGACUGCUGUAGUUCGGUGACGUUCUCGAUUAUUGUCGUACAUUCUCUUGUUGCUGAUGGAUCACGUUGUUCACUUUGUAAUAAUAGCUGAAAUGUUUUGAAGAGUAGUAUUUAAUUAAUUAAGGAAGCCCUCAUCACUUUAUUCGGUGUAUUACAGUGCAUUCUUCAGUAUAUUACAGAUCGUAUACAUUGUUCAUGUAGCUCUGCUGUAAAAGGGAAUGUAAUCGUGUUCUGUUUUCUCUUCCGAUAUUGGAGCAAUAUGUUCAGAGGAAUUUAAAGGUUGUCCUUUUUGUUACAGACUACAGAAUUUGAAAAUAAUAAUAACAAUAAUAAUAAUCAGUAUAUUUUAGAUGUGUGUAGCCUGUCACAGAAAUGAUAUUUUUUAAAAUACUGGAAGCCUAAAUUAUUGCACAAUUAAUAAACCUUUUCAAAAUUCUUAAA